CUUCAUUACAAGUAACUAAGCAAAGUCAACCAAAUCUCUCUGGUUUCUCAAUCACAACCAAGAAGACGAGCCGACCAUGUCUUACUUUCCCAGAGAUCAUCAAGCUGACGACGUCGAUGACUUUGAUGAUUACGAUCCCACCCCUUAUGGAGGCGGGUACGACAUAGUUCUUACCUAUGGUCGCCCCCUUCCACCAUCUGAAGAAACCUGUUAUCCCAACACUUCUUCCUCCAAUGAAGAUUUUGAUUACGGUCGUCCUCAGUAUUCUUCUGAAGCUGAGCCCUCCGCUUAUGCUGACGAGGUAUUGGAGGACGAAUACAAGAGCUACUCCCGCCCGCCUAAUCGCCGUCCUCAGAGUACACCUCAGCCCAACUAUGGCUUCCAGCCUGGUGGUGGAGGAUCCGAUGAGCCUGGAUUUGGAUCUGGGUAUGGUAGGAAACCGAGUUAUGGAGAAGAGGAAGGAGAUGGAUCUGGGUAUGGCAGGAAGCCCAAUUAUGGAGGAGGAGGAGAAGAAGAAGGUGAGAGAUAUGGAUCUGGCAGGAAACCAAGUUAUGGACAAGAAGAAGAAGGAGGUGGAGGAGGAUAUGGAUCUGGGUAUGGCAGGAAACCAAGUUAUGGAGAAGAAGAAGGAGGUGGAGAUCGAUAUGGAUCUGGGUAUGGAAGGAAACCAAGUUAUGGAGAAGAAGAGGAAGGAGGUGGAGGAUAUGGUAGGAAACCAAGUUAUGGAGAAGAAGAACAAGGAGGUGAAAGAUAUGGAUCUGGAUAUGGAAGGAGGCCUGAGAGGACUGAAAAUGAGGAGCCCCGUUAUGGAGAGGAGAGGCCGAGCUAUGUGCAGCCUGAUCAUGAUAGCCCUGAAGUAGGAGAUCAGUAUGGUAGGCCAGCCUAUGGUAGGCCAAGCUAUGGUAGGAAUGAAGAGGGUGAAUAUGGAAGGCCGACCUACGAAAAGCGUGAUGAGGAUGAUGAUGAUGAGAGCCAUGGCCGCAAGAAAUAUGGAGGUGAUGAUAAUUCGGGUGAUGAGCAAGAGGAAAGGCGUUACAAGCACCACAGCCACCACCACCGCAAGCACUAUGAUGACUGAUCAAAUUGCAUGUUCAGUGUAAAAGUUGCCAUUCUAUUACUACUACUACUAUUACUAAAUAAAGAGAAAGGGCAAUUUGAUCACUUUUAUCCUCCUCUACUGUUGUGAUAACAUUUGUUUGAGCUUUCCUUUCCCUGAGAAGAUGUCAUAGACAUCUCUGUUCCUUUGUUUCUGUCAAACUUCCCUUUGUUUGUUGCUCCAAAGUGUGUGUGUUUCAUGUUUUUUUUCUUUCUUAUGUUUGUCAAAGAAAGACCUUUGGGUUGGUAUUAAUAUUAUUACUCUUGUGUU